AUGCGUCCUUCAAGGCCCCUCUUCAUCUGCCUUCAUACCCUGAUUCCCAGCAAGGUCACCGGCCAAAUCGCUUCGCUAGAAGACCUCAAUGAGCCGAUUGCGCGAUCCAGCGUCGCGAAGGGCUUGACCAUUCGUUCUGUCCGAGUUAGCGGCACUGGGCCUCUGCAAGAUAGCGCGCGCCCUCUCUGCGAAGUCUCGAUCUUCUUCCAUGAACAAUCCCAUCAAUCCCUUUACUUCGUCACCGAGAUAGCGAGGCCUAGGGUGCAUAUUGCGGCUUCGCACCGCCACAGCUCAGCGUUUUUGAACGGCAACGGUUCGAUGUCGAUGGACGGAGGCGGUGCCUCUGCGAUCCUCACCACCACGACCACCACGACCACCACUAUCGCCUGA